UUGAAUGGGAUGGAAGAAGAUGAUGCGCAAUUAAACCUAAAUCCUUCUUCAUUAAUGGAGAUCAGAAUUGCGUGCUUAGGUUAUAUACUACGGAGUAUAAAUACAUACACGAGAUGCCCGUUGCUUCGUCAGCGCCGCCGUCGAUGGAUACCCCAGCCGUCGUUGUGAUUACGUUAGUCCUGUCCCUGACUAUCACUCGCUCCCCUUUCGUCGCCGGAGAAAUCAAGCACACUGAGAUCCGGGCAGAUGGCAGGUCGGUGAUUAGUCUAAACGAGUUUUUCUUCACCAGGGGCGGCGGGCAAUUGGAGCUCAACAUCACCCGCCUCUCCUUCCUCCCUGCGCCGCCGCCCGACCCGGCCUCCCUCUCCAAAAUCGGCUUCGUCCUCUUGCCGCCCCUCACAUGGACAAAACUGUUCAACCCCCUCACCUGCGCCUUCGAUUACCCCGACGCCCACAAGGUGCUAACCCUGGAUCAGAUCCCCACAGCCGCCUCUGCCGAAUGGAAUCUUCUUCUCCCCUCUCCCCCACCCAACUACCGCAAACUGGUGUUUGCAAAUUGUCACUCUUCCGAAGUGAAGGUCUCCCUGAAUGUCCGCGUGGAGAGCAGAGCUGGAAAGCCUCCCGCAAUUAGUCAUCUCAUGGGUGGCCCAGCAGUACCCAAGAUUCAUUUCCAGUUCUCCAAGGUUUACGUUGCUUUGGGGGUCAUUUGGAUUGGGCAUGUACUGCUCAACAAGAAUAGGCAGCACAAUGUUGGAUGGAUCCAUUACCACAUGCUGGCUACCUUGCUGUUGAAGGCCCUGAACCUGUUCUGCGAAGCUAAACAGAAGUUGUAUAUUGAGCGAACCGGAUCGGCUACAUGGUGGUUGGAUUUCUGGUCCUGGACAUCAAGUAUCUUCGAGACAUAUUCUUUUCGCACUGCAAUAUAUUUAAUUGGAUCACUUGGAUGCACUCAAUCGCAGCUAAGACUAGAUGAAUUUGAAAAGUUUGUCCUUUUCCCGCUUUUGGGUGUCUCACCAUACCCUUGGUUCUUAGUGUUUGCACUGCAAUCUUCUUUGUCUGCCAAGAAGAAACUACUGGUGGACCGAGCUAAUCAUAAGAGGGCUACCAUUGUUCUGAAGAAGUAUGAGGCUAUCAGCCAUUACAUCAACCAGAUGGAAUGGUACUUUCUCAUUGGUCUUCACUUGGAGUUCUCAUUCACCCUUUCGAAACAUUCAUUUCCAACCCAUUUGGCUCUUGUGGCUUGGGAGCUUAGAACACUUGCACUCUAUGCAUACACAGGGUACAUGUUGGCUCCCAAUGAAGACAAUCCUGAUCAUCAACACCUUGUGAUUAACGAUGAUGAGGAGAAGGCUGCAAUUAGAAGGCUGAAUGCCAUAGAUAAGGAGGAGCUACAGAAGGUGCAAGAAUUGCUUCUAAUUUAUAAUAAAUUGUGGCAAAUAUGGAACACAGGGAGGGUGGGGAUUGACACGGCCAUAGUUGUGGAGGCGAGGAUAAUUACUGGCUCUUUCUUUGGGAACUGUUAAAUUUCCGGCGGGCCGAUAACAACGGAUAGAGUGUCGGGUAAAAUUAACCACUUGCAUUUAAAGUCAGGAUCCACAAUUCUAAUCCAAAAGCUUAAGCUAAUAGGUAGGGCUUCACCCUUCAAUAUAUGCAAGUGAUACUCAUCUUUAUUUUCCGAUGUGGGAACUCCAACAGGAACUACAAAGCCCGGUCUCAGCUGCCUAAACUUGUGCAAAUGUACAUGAACAAGAAAUUGGAGCAGGACAAGUGUAUAACAGAGGAAGUGGCAUUUUCGGAGAUCAGAUAGGCUUUCGAUGGGUUCGUGAGAUGGGAGCAGGGCCUUCGUCCGGUGAUUCGAAUGCAGGAGUAAUGACCGCAAAAGAGAAACACAGGAGUUCAAUUGGUUUGGAAAACAAGUAUAGUCUUUUAAGUCACGUUAACGACUUAGCGUUGCAUGAUUGGCUCUUCCAUUAAUUUUGUCAUUAGUCUAUGGAUAUUAUUUUAAAAAUAUCACUUCGUCUUAAAACUUUUAUCAAAUUAUGAAUUUUUACUGUCAACAAGCCUAAAUAUAAUCAUGUGUGAUCUUGUUUGAUUUGUCUUAAUAUAUACUCCCUCCGUUUUUUAAAACACUUCCUCUUUCAUUUUUUUUACUUCCAACAAAACACUUCCACUUUCUAUUAAAAAACCACUUUUACCCUUACUUUUUCAUACCUUACCUAUCACAUCAUACUUUAUAUCUAAUAAUCUAUCCAUCACAUCUUACUUUUACCUAUCACAUCAAGGGCAAAAUUGGAAGUCAACUACAAUUUAAUACUUUCUUAUUUUUAUACAAANGUUUGAUUUGUCUUAAUAUAUACUCCCUCCGUUUUUUAAAACACUUCCUCUUUCAUUUUUUUUACUUCCAACAAAACACUUCCACUUUCUAUUAAAAAACCACUUUUACCCUUACUUUUUCAUACCUUACCUAUCACAUCAUACUUUAUAUCUAAUAAUCUAUCCAUCACAUC